CAGCAACACACCAGUCCUUCUUGUGCCGUAAACCAGUGUUGAAAACAACAACGGCCCCAGUUCAGAAUUUCCAACCCGCUCCCGUCCAGAACUUGCUGUGCAAUGAGCGCAACUGGCCGAUCCGCUCCAUCCGCCGCACCCCAACCAAAACCACGUACGGACGAGACAACCGAAAGCAUCAUUUUAGGAUGGGAAGACGACACAGAUGAUAUAACCAACCCACACUCCCCUCGCCCCAAAAAACCAAAAAUCCGCAAUCUUCCCUCCCAACCUUUAUCCUUUACUGAACCAACAAUGUCCUUCUCAGCCAGCACAACAAGCGCAUAUCGCACACAAGACCACGUUGCGGAAUUACAGCGACACGUGGAAGUCUUGAAGAUUGAGAAGAGGGAGGUGGAGCUUGAGAGCGAUGCCCGUGUGCGAGGUCUCGAAGGACAGUUGAGGGAGUUGAGAGGCGUCGUGCAGGAUUUGGAACGUCAGGUUCAUGUUCUUACGGACGAGUUGGAGGUCAAAAAUCUAUUGCUUCGCAAUGCCGAAAUUCCCAUAGCCCAAUCUACUGAGCAAGCGUCAGAUCGACCUCAGAUUAGUAUCUCAGUCCUCACAGAGAACGCACGUUUGCGUGCAGAGUGCAGUGCACUAAAAAAAGCCUUGGAAAAGAGUGCAAAACCACAAUCGGUAUCGUUUACUAAUGAGCAGAGCUCAGGGCAAAUAGCGGAAGAGGUGAACCGCCUCUUGAGCAAGGCUCCACAAAGGUCGGCCCGUGUCCCAUCUCCUGUCCGUCAACAUGUGCGUCGAGUUGAUCAGACUUGUCAAACGGACACGAUAAACCUCCACAAGUGCUCCCACCAGUCACAAGCCGCUCUCGUAGAUAAACUGACCGCCGAACUGAAUGCCGAAAAGUCUCAAUCUAGAAAGAACGCAAAGGAAUUGGAUGAUAUGAAAUUCCUUCUGAAGGAUUCACAGCAAGAACUCAAAAAUCUCCAACAAAAGUAUCACAUCCUCUCUGUUCGAGCUGAAUCCGCAUUGACAGCAGAGCAAAACCUGCGUAAUGCAUUAUCGGAGCAUAAAGACAUGCUAAACAAAUACGAGGACCAGAUUGUGGAAGGUGAUUCGCAGGUGAAACACUACAAGACGGAACUGGAUCGUCUCAGCGCUGAGUACAAACGGUACAAAGCUGCACAAAAGUUGGUGAACGAAUCGAACGAUAAAAACAUUGAACACUUGAAAGAGCUCCUGAAAAAGGCGCUUGAAAGGCCCACCUCAUCUACUGAGAAUAAGGAUGUACUACUGUCGCCAUCCAUCGCUGCAGAACUCAAAAUGUACCGAGAUGGCUACGAAGGCGAGAUUGCACUGCUCCAGACCCAAUUACGGACCUUGACUCUCGAAAAGGACGAAAUCGAGAAGCGAUUGCAAAUUUCACAGCAGGAGGUAGAACGUUUACGCCAGGAGGCGAUGCGAGCAAGAAAAUUGGAUCAAGAUGCUCUGGCAUUAAACUUAAAAGUUGAAGAAACACUACGAAAGUUUGCCAAAGUCAAGCUCGAGCUCGUCAAGGAACGCAGCUUUUCUCACGCGUUGCAACAUCAGAUUGAAGACCUGACAACUGCACAAGAGACCAACACGAGGAUCCGAAAAAAGAAGGAGCAUCUGAUUUCGAACAUGAGAGCCGAAAUCACGCGGAAGAAUGCUCUUAUCAAAGAAUCACAAACGGAGCUGCACAAGCUCACGACCUCCUUCAAGGAACUGGAGCAAAAGCACAAGGCUCUUGGUUCAUCACAAACGAGCAAAGAUGCGAUGAUUUCAAACUUGAAAGCCAAGAACGACACUCUUGCGCAUCAAAUUGAAGCGAUGAGCAAAGAACGCGAACAUGUGGCGGAUAGUAAAAUGAAAGAGGUGGAGCGCAAGUGGAAAAUGGAAUUGAAGCGAAAGGGGGAGAUGGCUGAUUCCUGGAAAUCCCGAUGGGAACAAGUAUCAAAGGAACUCGAAACGUUGCGCAAACACACGCAGACCUUCAUCUCACCUAAACAGCACACAAGCACCAUUGAGUCCCUGCAUCUUGCGACAAAACGCCUACAAACAGCAGAAGAACGCGCCCAGCAAUGGCAACACAAGCAUGAGCAGCUUCAGCGUGCUUUGGAACGCAUCGUCGAGAAUCUCGUGCAUCAGAAAACUCUAGGAGGCGGGAGUUUGUAUGAAUUGCCACCAGUGGGUGACACAGAUUCUACUAUGGACCCAGCUGUUUUGGAGAAAGCAAAAGAAAUAUCAAAACGAAUUCUUAACGUAGAUUACGACAAUAUCAUGGCACCAUCUACAACGAUGAGUCAAGACUCUGGAAUUGAUAUACUGUCCGUAUUUGACUCCAAUGACCUACGAAUGUCGUAUGUACAGAGAAUGAAAGAAUUAUUUUUGAGGCCGCAAUUUGAAGAAGAGUUGGUGGGACUCGUAUCUGAGGUCGUCGCUGGGUCUUAGAUUAUUUUAUACUAUAUACAUGUAUAUGAAAGGUUCAUUCAAAUAUCUUGCU